GCCGGAGUCUUUCCUGAGGUUUUAUUCGGAUUUUUUUUUUCUUCUCCCGUCGGGCGGAUGUAGGCGGAUGUUCUUGGCCUCCAUUCUCUGUAGCGCCGCAACUUUCGCGAGGAGGAAGACAUGAGAACGGGGAUCUGCGGGGUGAGCGGGGCCUGACUGCAGGAGAACCAGCACCUUGUCUUCACCGUGCCUUCUCUGAGAGCUGAUUGAUCACACCCGGGCCUUUAGUCUUUCUAUCACCAUGAAUGAAGUAAUGGUGGUGAAGGAAGGCUGGCUGCAAAAAAGAGGUGAGUACAUAAAGACCUGGAGACCCAGGUAUUUCCUUCUGAAAAGCGAUGGCUCUUUUAUCGGCUAUAAGGAGAAGCCCGAUUCCUCCGAGCACAGUAUGCCUCUCCCACCGCUCAACAACUUUUCUGUAGGAGAAUGUCAGCUUAUGAAGACAGAGCGGCCUCGGCCCAACACUUUUGUGAUCCGUUGUUUGCAGUGGACUACAGUCAUCGAGCGCACUUUUCACGUGGACACCCCCGAAGAAAGGGAGGAGUGGAUGAGGGCGAUACAGACUGUAGCCAACAGUUUAAAGAACCAGGAGAAUGAUGAAGAGGAGGAGGCCAUGGACAUCAAGUGUGGAUCUCCUAGUGACACACCAAGUACGGAACAGAUGGACAUAGGCGAUUCCAAGGGACGAUCCAAAGUAACAAUGAAUCACUUUGAUUAUCUGAAGCUGCUGGGAAAAGGAACAUUUGGAAAAGUAAUCCUGGUUCGAGAAAAAGAAACGGGUCGCUACUACGCCAUGAAGAUUUUACGAAAAGAGGUCAUCAUCGCUAAGGAUGAAGUGGCUCACACAGUUACAGAGAGCAGAGUCUUGCAGAACACGAGGCAUCCCUUUUUAACGGCUUUGAAGUAUGCGUUCCAGACAAGCGACCGGCUCUGUUUUGUGAUGGAGUAUGCUAAUGGAGGAGAGCUGUUCUUUCACCUGUCUCGGGAACGAGUCUUCACGGAAGACAGAGCACGGUUUUAUGGAGCAGAGAUAGUCUCAGCCCUGGAAUAUCUCCACUCCAGGAACGUGGUGUACAGGGAUAUAAAGAAAUGCCUUGUACUGCUGGGGGUGUAACAGGAUUCUAAGCCAUAGUGUUGAUGAGACACAGGAAAGCCAUCCCAAAGUCCUUAGCAGCUACUGCCUCCUACAGGGGACCCGCUCAGCCGUGAGCAGCGUCCUGCCCUCCUUAACGGUACCAUGAAUUUCAUAGAUGUGCUCCACGGGUCUCCCAUUUGUGCAUGUCGCGGUAGGGAACAUAGGCUGUCCAGACGGUUAAGUGGCUCUGAUGGUGCUCUUUCCACUUGGUCGGUACACACAGCAAACAUUAAUGUAGUCGAGCGUUUCCCUUCACGUAUACACCUUCGCCAUGUCCUGUAAAUAUCUGCAGAUAAUUUCAUGGCCAUAUGGCGGGGCUCUAGCGCACUGCCCUCACUUAUGUUACCGGCCUGAUACUUAGUUAUGGGGUGUGUACACCUUUAAACGUUGGUGUAAACGCCUUCCUUACUUUCACAAGCAUGUAAGUGGCUUAGUUUCAAUAGCUGAAUGUAUUCAAGGAACUUCCCACAGACCCAAUCCCCCCUCUCCCUUACAAAAUGAUGGAAUAUCGGGUCAACAGCAAUAAUUAUUAUUUUUUUUUAUUUGUGUAAUGUUUGUUGGCCUUUAAAGGAGACAUUAUUUAGGUUUUUCAAUUUUUGUUUCAUGCCAGCAUGGCCGCAGAUAAAACAGUGUGACAAUGUAUCCUCGGUGAUGUGGCAAGAAUCAAGCCAAGGUCAUUCAUUGGUGGGGAGUUCUGUCCCGCCUCUGAAGAUCUUAAGGAAUGUACCAAGCAUCAAUCGAGGGAGGGGAGGGAAUUGUUUGCUAUAACCAGAAUUUUCCAGUAAAGAUUAUCUUUUAAACCGUACCAGGCGAAUAAUAACUAAAAGCAGCAGUUUCAGGAGCAUUAAUGUAUUUCUUAAUUUAGCAAAAGCUGAAUUUGCUCUUAGGAAAGUCAUUUAAGGGGGCAGUCCCAUGUGCUAAUACUUAUUUAAUUUAGCUUGUGAAUUUUUUUUUUUUUGGGGGGGGGAGGGGGGGUCAUAUCUUUCUAAGUUACGCUUGUAGGUAUAUUUUCAAAAAAAAGGAAAAGAAAUUAAGAAUGUGGAGCCUUGUUGAAAGAUGUUGAUGGUGCCUGGGACUGGCCCUUUAAAUGCCGUGCUGUAUUUGGUGAAUGUCUCUUAUCUCUGAAAUGAAUUUUUUUUUUUAGACAUUUGAGAUGAAAACAAUACAAUA